CCCCGCCCCGCAGCGCUGGUACCCCAGCGGUUGGGUUUGCGGGUCUGGUCGCGGCCGCUUCAUGGCGCGGGCGGUGCCGGGCUCUGCAGGUGACGGGGGCGAAGCGAGGGCCAUUGCGGCCUAGAGAUGAGAAAACUGAGGCAUAGAGUACGUAAUCUGAACCAGAUAAUACCUCAAGUGGUGGAACCAGGACAAAAAUUUGGGCAGGCUAGCUCCAGGGUCCAUACGCAACACAAUUCUGGGCCUUCAGCAAGUUCCAAAAGAUGAGUCGUGGAUAUUCAGAAAACAACAAUUUCCUAAACAAUAACAACCAGAUGGUAUUGGACAUGAUCCUUUACCCAUUAAUUGGAAUCCACCAGACCAUCAAUUGGGAAACUGUGGCAAGGCUUGUGCCUGGAUUAACACCCAAAGAGUGUGCAAAGAGGUUUGAUGAGCUGAAGAGCAGUGGAAGUUCACCUGUGGACAACCAGUAUAGUCCCCUCAUGGCUGCUGGAGAGAGUCCUGUUGAAACUUUAGCCACAUACAUCAAAUCCUCCCUUCUUGACACACAAGGAGAAUUUCAGGAGACUCCAGUUGGUCAGGAUGCAGUUUCUAAAACAAGAAGACAUAGUAUAGCUUCCACAAGGAAUUGUUCUUCAGAAAGUGAAAAUUGUACUACUCAUAAUGGUGGAGAAAAGACUGAAGAAUCUGAAGGGCCAAACAUGGUGAUCCAUGUAUGUGAUGAAGCAAAAAACUUGAAAGAAGAUUUUAUUUGCCCACGAGAUCUUUUGAUAUCAGAAAUGAAGUACUUUGCUGAAUAUUUAUCUAUGGAUGCCCAGCGCUGGGAAGAGGUGGACAUUUCAGUUCAUUGUGACGUUCACAUUUUCAACUGGUUGAUAAAAUAUGUUAAAAGGAACACUAAGGAGAAUAAAGAUUGUGAGAUGCCCACUUUAGAGCCAGGAAACGUCAUUUCAAUUCUUAUUUCUUCAGAGUUUUUGAAAAUGGAUUCACUGGUUGAACAGUGUAUACAGUAUUGCCACAAAAAUAUGAAUGCCAUUAUAGCUACCCCAUGCAACAUGAACUGUAUUAAUGCAAAUCUUCUUACACGUAUAGCUGAUCUGUUUACACACAAUGAAGUUGAUGAUUUAAAGGACAAGAAAGAUAAAUUUAGGAGUAAACUUUUUUGUAAGAAGAUUGAGAGACUGUUUGAUCCUGAGUACUUGAAUCCAGAUUCUCGGAAUAAUGCAGCAACAUUAUACAGAUGCUGUUUGUGUAAGAAACUUUUAACAAAAGAAACAGAAAGAAGAAUUCCUUGCAUUCCUGGAAAAAUCAAUGUGGAUCAGCAUGGAAAUAUUAUAUACAUUCAUAUAAGAGAUAAGACUUGGGAUGUUCAUGAGUAUUUGAAUAGUCUUUUUGAAGAAUUAAAAUCUUGGAGAGAUGUAUAUUGGCGCUUGUGGGGAACAGUCAACUGGCUAACUUGUUCAAGAUGUUAUCAGACUUUUCUGUGCAUAGAGUUUUCACACUGUCAGUAUCACUCAGAGACAGUGAUUUAUCCUACUGCAGGAAGUUCGCUGAGUACUGUUGGCACUGGAAUUUAUCCCUGCUGUAACCAAAAGGUUCUUCGAUUUGACCCCACUCAGCUUACAAAGGGUUGUAAAGUAAAGGACCAUAUGGUUACUCUUCGUGAUCAAGGUGAAGGUGAAGAUUUGGUGUCCUGUCCAACUGCCAAAAUACUGGAUGAUCUGCACAAACACAAAGAUGUCAUCCUUGUGCCUUUUGCUAGAGAUACAAUCAGUGAUUCUAGUGGUCUCUGUGAUGAAAAGGGUCUAGACUGUGAUGUUUUACUGGAGCCAAAUACACCAUGGGGCCCCAAGAGUGGGGAGCUUAAUGCUUUCUUAUCACUGAAAAACUGGACUCUGCAGCUGAAACAACAGUCAUUAUUUUCCGAAGAAGAAGAAUAUACCACUGGGUCCGAGGUCACUGAAGAUGAAGUUGGAGAUGAAGAAGAAGUAUCCAAGAAACAAAGGAAAAAGGAGAAGCCAAAGAAGUUCACUAAACAACCAAAAAAGCAGAUGUCUUCACCCUGUGGUCAGAAGAAAGAAAAGGUACUGGAGAAGGAAGGAGUAAAAAGCCAGUCAACUUCUAGAGAUGUGUCUCCUUUCAUUGUGAGUAUGCAGAAGAAUAAGUGGGAUGCCACAAGAUCCUUGAGAUUCAACCAAGAUGCUCAAAGAGAAGAUGAUCAGCGGCGGAUGUCUGAAAUUACUGGGCACCUAAUAAAGAUGAGAUUGGGUGAUCUGGAUCGAGUCAGGUCAAAGGAAGCAAAAGAAUUUGCAGGAGGUAUUUAUUCCAGGCUUGAAGCACAAAUCAAGGCCUCAGUGCCAGUCAGUGCUCGGCAGAGCAGCUCGGAAAAAAACACAAGGUCUAAAAGUCGUUUUGGUCAAGGUCGGCCUGUGUAAAGCACCUUAAAAUAUAAGAAGACAGAAGACAUACCUCUGGACACUUGAAAUUGCUUACUUGAAGAUCUUUGGAAUGAUUACUUCUAAAUGUUUUAAGUUAUUUAUUAAAUAUUCUUGAAAGCCACAUAAAUCUAGUGGUAAGGGAAAUAUAUAGUUAAGUCUUAUGAAAUUAUAAAUAUGAAACUUCUUAAAUCUGAUUUUCCUUUGGUGUUGAGAGAAUUCAUUCUUAGGUAGGUUGAUAAGGAGUUUGGGGCCCUCAAACAGGAAGGGGUCCAGGGCCCUCACAGAGGAGGAAGGGAUCUGGGGCCCUCGAGAAGGAGAAAGGAGUCUGGGGCUCUCAAGGAGAAAAGGACAAACAUUUUUUUUCUACAUUAGUCACAUAAAACAUUUUUUCUUUAAGCCCAGAGCUAAUGACUCAAGGGUAUGUUUUUCCUUAAGCUCUGUACUAAUGAUUAUGUAACAGCAAUGUGUCUUGUUCUAGGACAUGUUUAUCCUUCUUAACAAGAACCUUCUGACUAGUCUUGUUAUAAUAAGAUGUUUGUUGUGGGAGUGGAUCUGGUAAGACCUUUCUAUUGUUAGUUCCAGUCUUGUUAAUUUAAGAUGAAUGUUGUGGGAGUGGGUCUGAUCAAAGUAUAUAAGGCCUUGAUAAGACUAUGGAGGGGGGGCCUCUCCAUCCCCUUUCUGAUGUCUAUUUCAGAAGGUUUCUCUGUCCCUUUUUAUACUUUAAUAGAAUUCUCCUACACAAAAGCUCUUGAGUGAUCAAGCUUGGUCCCUAGUCCUGAAGCUGAAAUCUUCUUCAGAGAUCACAAAUCCAGCAUCAUUCACCAUUAGCUAUCAGUGUGAUGCUAGGCUAUGUAAAAAUUUAGUAUUUAGAAAUUUAUAUAGUUAAGACUCCCAGGCAUUUGUUAUACUUUAUUUAUUUGAAAGAGAAGAGGCCUAAACUCUCAAAUAGCUAAGAGUUUUUUAAGAUCUUAAAAAAUUGGGGGAACACACCUAGUAGUGGUACUGUACAUGUGCACUGAUUAUAUAUGUCUUUGGGCUGUAAAUCUUGUGAUAGCAUUGAGAACUGCCAUUUAUGUGACGAAAUUUCCAGUGAUGCUAAUUUUAUGCUUGCAUGACUUUUAAGAAGUGACAGAUCUCAAAACUGAGUUACAUAAAGUUUUAAGGUGAAGUAUUUCCUGUUUUGGGCAGAAGGCUUAAUUUUUUUCAGUGUUAUUCCAGAGAAAUCACAAUGUUAAUCCAACUCUUUUUUCAGUUUUUAAUAUGUAUUUAUUGGUCUGGAAUUACUGAUUAUUACUUCUUUCUUCUGUGAAGCUAGUUAAAACAGCUGAAUUUGUUAAAACAAAUUUGGAUUCUGAAGUUGUUAAAACAACUGUUGGUAGUUUUAGGCUAGUAAAUCAUUUCAGUUGUAUAAGACACCCACUGUACAGUUCUCAGGGCACUAAAAUUCAACCAUAAUUCUAUAGCCAUUCAAAUAGCCCCUUAAGAUGGUUAUAAUCAGUUAUUACUUUAGAGAUGUCUGGAAGGAAAGAUUCCCAGAUACACUUGAUGGAUGAAAAAUCGAAUUAUUCAGGAGAAAUCAGUUUUUCUAACCAAGCAGAAAGAGUGCUCAGGGAAAAUUUGUUCCAAACCAUAAUCAUAUAACAAUUAUGUGUUUGGAAAUUACUUAUAUGUAGGUCUCUAAAACACUUUAAUUUGCAUUGUUUUUAUUUUUAGUCUUCAUUUAUCUUAGAAAUUUUCUUAAAAUUAUUUAGAAAACAGACUUGAUAGUGUAUGACAGAACAGCAAUUUCUAUUGAAAUGUUGAAGUGUUAUGUAUUUUUAAUGAAUAUUUUAUUUGGUAAAUAAAGCUAGGUUUUAUUUGAUGUUACAUGGAUAGCUUUGCCAAGAUUUUUGAACUUCUGUUUGGAAACUUUGUUGCAGUCAACAUAUUUUUCAAUGGUUUGAUAUUUUUGAAAUAGUUUAUAAAUUUUAUUUGCAAAAGAAAAUGUUUUAUACUACAUGAUCUGUAAGACCUGUUAAAUACCAGUCUUGUUUACUGUAUUCUCUGAUCAAAAAAGGAUUUAGGUUUGCUGUGACGGUCACAACUGAAAGAGGAAAAUAUCUCAUUUGAUUUUUAAUUGAUGGUAACAAGGCAGAUUGCUUCUUCCCCAGGGGGACUGUACCACUGAAUUGAUUUUUACAAACAGAAUUUAUCAGAAUUUUAUUUUCUUCAGAAUGUGCUUUAAAUUUUGUGAAUGUCUGUAGUUCAUAACACAGGUAACACAAACAUUUUAAUCAAGCUUAUAAUAGCAUUUGUUUUGCUAAAUACUUUGAGGUUUUAUCUUACAUUAAUUCUGAAUUCACAUUUAUUUAAUUGAAAUAAACAUUAAUGACAAAA